UCCCGCAAGGCGGAAGUAAAACAGAGUGGACGCUCUACGCUUUAAUGAAACAUCUAUGUCAGUGCAGCAUUAACGCGAGUCAACUUGUUUACAUCAACCUGGCAAAACAGAUUGACAAUCAGGAAAACAGGUCAGAGAUUACAGCUUUUUUCAGGGUUUGUGUCGGAGCUCGGCCGGUGUUGUUUAGCGGCUUGAGGACAGUGUGCCGUGUUAUGUGCUAUAAAUGCAGUAAGAGGCCCAGUGUGCGCUGAUGCUCUUGCGUAUCAGAUGAGUUCAUACACACAUGCUGCUGGAGUGCUUAUCUCUCUUCACGCCCGUCAAGCAUUACUCCGGGAUUACCUGCAUGUGUAGGGCCGUAUCACAUAUAUAUAAUGUUUGCAGUGCCAUUACCGGGUAAUACAGAACUCUAUUUUCUACAGAGAUUUUCCAGACAGCCCUGGAUUUACCCGGAUCACUGAUUUUGAAUGAGUGAAUCGCUGCAUGUGCGAACAUGACUGACAUUCAACUUCAUACCACGAGAAACAAGUACGCAGUCUUCUGCUGAUUAUAUUUUGGACAAGAAAAUAAUAUGAGUUCAGAAAGCCAACAGGACACGUUUUUCUAGAUUUUCUGAAGAACUAAACAGCAAAAGACGCCAAUAUGAGAAUCUUCAGGACUUUGAUGAACGCUGCAUCUGUUUCCAAACAAAUCGACUUUUACUCCAGAUUCUCGCCUUCUCCUCUCUCUAUGAAACAGUUCAUAGAUUUUGGUUCAGAGAAUGCGUGUGAGAAAACGUCAUUCACGUUUCUAAGACAGGAGCUGCCUGUCAGGCUGGCAAAUAUUUUGAAGGAAAUAGAUUUAUUGCCUGAUAACCUGCUGAGAACUCCUUCAGUGCGGCUGGUGCAGAGCUGGUACAUGCAAAGUUUCCAGGAUAUACUUGAUUUCAAGGACAAGGAUAUUGAUGAUCAAAUGGUCACACACAACUUCACAGAUGCUGUGAUUAAGAUCAGAAACCGCCACAAUGAUGUAGUGCCCACCAUGGCUCAAGGAGUGGUGGAGUAUAAGGAGACCUACGGCACCGACCCCAUCACCAGCCAGAACAUGCAGUACUUCCUGGACCGCUUCUACAUGAGCAGGAUUUCAAUCAGAAUGCUCCUGAACCAGCACACUCUUCUGUUUGGGGGAAAGGUGCGCGACAAUCCUGCUCAUCCCAAACAGAUCGGCAGCAUCGACCCCAGCUGUCGUGUCACUGAUGUGGUCAAAGAUGCUUAUGAAAAUGCCCGAAACCUGUGUGACCGGUAUUACAUGAACUCACCUGGCUUACUACUGGAAGAAUUUAAUGUUAAAGGACCAGAUAAACCCAUUGCUGUGGUGUAUGUGCCGUCUCAUCUGUACCACAUGGUGUUUGAGCUCUUUAAGAAUGCCAUGCGCGCUACCAUGGAACUUUAUGAAGAUGCCAUGGAAUAUCCUCCAGUGCAUGUUCAGAUCGUCCUCGGCCAUGAAGACUUGACUGUUAAGGUCAGUGAUCGUGGAGGCGGAGUCCCAUUGAGGAAGAUUGACAGGUUGUUUACGUACACCUACUCCACUGCACCUCGUCCUCAGAUGGACACGUCUCGAGCCACUCCUCUGGCUGGCUAUGGUUACGGGCUGCCCAUCUCCAGACUUUACGCCAGAUAUUUCCAGGGUGACCUGAAGCUCUACUCUAUGGAGGGAUUCGGCACAGAUGCCGUCAUUUACAUUAGAGCUUUGUCCACAGAGUCCAUUGAGAGGCUUCCUGUUUACAACAAAUCCGCCUGGAAACAUUAUAAAACCAUCCACGAGGCCGAUGACUGGUGUGUUCCCAGCAAAGAACCCAAAGACAUGAGCACCUUCCGCAGCUUCUAGACUCGUCUCGCAUCUUACACCAAUGCACACGCUUCAGCAGCCCGAAUAGAUUCAAGCGUCUUACCUUCGUCUAUCUGCUCUUGCGUAGAUUCAGUAUAGAAGAAUAAUGAAAGAGACAAUAUUAUGAGCAUGCUGAAACCCAACAUGUUUCUGGUAUGUUCUAAUGAGAAAGUUGUGAACUGUUGCGGGUGGUACCAGUAUUAUAAGUUAGCUCAGGUGUUGCUAGUGCCAUCACAUCCCAGAUAGACAAUACUGCUGUUGCCGUUCUGGUGUAUUUUGAGUGCGUGUUACUUGAGUGAGAUCCAGUGUGUUUUCCUGCUCAUAUAUUUGAAUGUGUAAGUCAGUAUAUAUUUAUUUAUCUGUCAUCGUGAGAUAGACAGUAAUGCUGAUCAUUUUUGCUUUAAAUUGUUAUAUGUUGUGGUUUGGGAGCUCGAGCUCAUGUACCAGCAUAACUGGGACUUCACAUUCCUUGUACUGUCCCAUGUGUUACAUUUUGUUUUCAGAGCCAGUCUAAAGAAAGAUGCUUUUUUUUCUUAUAAGAAGUUGUGUAGCGUGAAGAGUUUUAAAGUGUUAAAUGCUUCACACCACCAGAAAAUGUUCAGCUUCAGCUAUGUAACUUUUCAGGCUCUUAAGUGACAAAAAAAAGGAACAAACGCAUGUACAUGUGAAUCAUGUGCUUCCCUUGAUGGGGUGUAACAAGAGUGUUCAGUAGUUUGAAACUCAUUCUGUUCAAUAAAGUACAAUGCCAGUGACCUCUACUGGAGACGGAC